AUGCUCCUGGUCAACCACCGCCUCAACAGUCUUCGGCAACGGCUGGAUCUUCCACUUCACUUGGCAAAAGUCCAAAACGGGGCCGACUUGGAUCCAGCAGCAGUUCUGCUGACAAAUCCGGCACCGUUCCCGAAAGUAGUGGCAACAAUGCAUUCGUUACCGGGGCCCAGCACGGCUUACGGCUGUAACUGUAUAAAGGCAAGACAUCAAAGAUCCAAUCAUACUACCAUUAGCAGUACGGUAAGAAAAGAGCUAGCAUCAUACGAAAACCCACAUCAACCACCACCGGUGGUUACAGUUAAGCCUACGAAAAGGAAUGCAAGUACGGAAAGUUUAGAUUUGCUGAAAGGUACGCUGCAAGAGUGUACUUGCGCUGUUUACAGUCCCAAUUCGAUCGAUAACCAUUCUUGUAAAAAAUGCACCUACGCACCGUCUAAGAACAAUCAAACGAAUCAAAAGGCACAAAAGAAGCAUAAUUCAUCGAAAUUUAAGGAUGCUUCGACGUCCCCUAAAUCAAAUAGUCCCCUAAAAACGUUAGAACCACGAAGUCCCAGAAGUCCAAAAAGUCCAUGUGCAGAGGCUUCCACUGAUACUAAAUUUGAUUUCCCCUGCUCACCUAGAACAGAUAGCCACUACAAACGUCUUUCAACAUUGAGUAUCAAUUCUGGAUCAAAAUACUCUGUUGUAUGUACAAGUCCACGGAAACAACCGAGUCCGAAAAUGAGCCCCCAUAAAUUAACACCGGUUCGAAGCAUCGAUCGGACGUUGCUGGAAAAAUCAAACUCACUCGGUGAAAGUAAACCUCAAAAACAACUACGCACGACCCGAAGUCUUUCACCUCGUCCUCCGGUGAAACAUCAACAUUCCAUUAUGGUAUCCGACGAAAACGAUAUCAUCUCUGUUAAACUAUCACCAAAUGAAGAGUUCGAUGAAAGCAAGGAUAAAACCAAAAACACAACCAAUGUCCCGGAAAAAAAGAAGGCUCAUAGUGAAAAGGCAUCACCAAAUUUAUCAGAUUAUGGAAGUCUCAAAUUGGAUGAUGGGGGCAUCAAGAGUGUAAAUAACCGAAGUACGAGCUGCCUGGUGUACGUUCCUUCAGAUCCUUGGACUCGGAUGUCUACCUCCCCAAUCUCCCCCCUUCCCACCGACAAAAAACAACACCCCAAACCGAAAAAGUUGGAAAGCAAAUCGUUCAGCAAACCAAGCCUUCAUUAUCUCGAAGAUUCAGAUCCUUGGGUAUGGCGUUCAAAUAUCACUCUCAACGAACAAUUUGCAAAAAAGAAAAAUUCUCUUCCACAUCAGACCAAAUCACUGAGUAGUGCACUAAGUCGUGACGAACUUUUUGAAUACCGUCAGAAUUCUGCCGCUCGUUUGUGCCAACAGCUCAACAAAUUUGAUAAAAACCUUACGAUUCCUGGUGUGGAUUUAAAUUUUGAUGCUAGGAAAAAAAUAACCCGCCCCAAAUUACAACGGUCUAAAUCUCCUGCUUUCUACGAAGAACUAUUUCAAAGCGCCAAAGAAACACCUCUUAAUAAAAAUAAAUCUGUUUCAUCCCUCAAGAUUGAAAAAAAUGCCAGUAAUUCAAACAUUAACGGUGCCAAAACUGCAACCUGUUACUGUGAAGCGAACUCGCUAAACCGUCACAGUAACAAAUGCGAACAUCCUUCUGCGUUGCACAAAUCAAACUCCAGUAUAACUUCUCCCACAGCCAAGAAACAAUCGUCGCCUAAGUUAAGCUUCCCUCCCCAAUCACCUAAACCUAGACAGCCUCCUUCCUCCCCUCUGCAACAACAGCAAAUGGCGCAACCAUCUAGCCAACCAGAACUGCUGAAAACAUCACUCACAGUACUGAAUCCCAAUCUGCUGCAACCGCGACACAGCUUCUCCACUACACCCUCACAAAAGGACGACGAGCUGCAGCUUAACAUUCGCAGGCUGAGCGAACAAAUGAACAAAUACAACCCCACCAGUCCUCCUGCUUCCGCCUAUUUCAGCCAACCUACACCCAGUUUCAUGAACGACACCAUCAUCCAGCAACAACAUCUCGGUGGUGGCGACAGCUGCGAACAGAUCCAGAAGAAGAGAAAAUCUGUUAGCAGUGGUGGACUCGCAAUAUCUUCAACCGGAAGUUUAACUGCGGUCGGCGGAAUCGGCGGAGAGCCUCAGAAGCGAGCUGCAUCACAUUCGAAAAUCAAUGAACCCAUUUUGGAGACAAGGUGUUGAUAGCCACGCGAAUCAAACUCGCAAAUAGAAGUGCGGCUUUGCUGAUGGUUCCAAACUCGCCGGAUUGCCAAGAAACCAAGAGGAAAUGUCGUGAACUAUUCUCCUGUUUUGCCAUCUAUAUGACCUUGGUCUUGAUGGACCUAGACGAAGCAUGUUACUUAUGGCACGUAGACACAAAUAUCCAAUUUUCAUUAAAAUCCACAAAACCACCAUAUAUGUAAUAUCACUUGACUGUCGGCACGCCGAUCUUAACCAGUAAAAUGCUUUGGAAAAUUACAACACAAGCUUGGAACAGUUUAGCUAGUCGAAAUUUUUACGCAAUUUCAAAUAUCAGGAAUAAAUUGAUCGACUGUCGUUCUUGUUUAUUACUUUAAAAUAAUAAAAAAAAUGUUUGAAGUCGAAUUCAUUCUUCUACAUGUGCGUAAUAAACCUACCAAAUAGUAACACGUAACAGCAAAAAAAAACUUGUAAAAUUACAAUAAACUAAAACAAAUAGAACAUAGGUAGGUUAUGAGGUUAUGAAAUGUAAAUUAAAAAUCGAUUACAAAGUUAGGGUGCAAUUUUCAAUUAAAUAGUAAAAAGUAAAGUUGGUCAAAAACAUUCACAUGAGUUGUAUUGUUAAAUUAGCUAAAUUCAUCCGGAUCUUUAUUUUAUUUAGGAACAAAGAAAGCAACAAAAUUUCAGCAUUAGCCAAUACCAGCAAAACGUAUAGAACAUAUUUGAUAAAAAUAGAUUGUGUUUAAAUUGGUGGAUUUUUUGCAAAAACAGAUUGUGUAGAUCAGUAAUAAAUAUUAUAAAAUGUAACGGAAAUGCAAAAAAAAUUACAGUGGUAAAAUAAUGCAUUCGUAUUUUCGUUUUAAAGUAGGAUGCAAUUACAUAUUUUAAAUAACGUGGUAAUAUAAUCUUCAUACUGAAACUGAAUAUUAUAUAAUAACAAACACUUGUCAACUGCCACAGUUUAAAAGUAAUAUUAAAUAAUGGGUUUGAAACAUUCUUACCGUGGAAAAUAUACCGAGAAGAGCAGACAUACCAACAUAAGUUAUCUGUAAAUACUGUCUUAUUAUUAAGAAAUGUGUAGGGUGGUUUAUUUUCUCAACAACCGUUGAAUACUGUUAUUUGGAUGUAUGAAAGGUGGUCAUUUCCGCUGCAUCAGUGGGAACUCGAAAUUAUCGAAUAUUGUAACGUUUGAUUUUCAUAGGAACAUCCGCAGAAGUAAUCCAUUCGAAAGUAGGUAGCUACAAAUGUUCAUAUGCAUGAAUCAUUGUGUUGAGAAAAAAAAUAAAGAAAAGUGAAAAGUUGUGCGAUAAAAGACAUCACUAGAGCCAGAAUAAUUAGCAGGCAGCAGGUAUCGAAAAUUCUUUAAAUAAGUAAGAAUAUGCCAAUCAUGAUCGGAAGUGAUGCAGUACAAUUGAAGCAUAUGUAGUUUUAUCGAGACGGUUGGUCUAUUCCCACUUUUGCUUUACAAUAAACGAAUCCAAUUGUUAUCGUUUAUCGAGUUGCAUCAACAAAGUAAUACAAAACAUUAACAUGCGCAGUUGUAGCAUUGAUGGCUAAACAAGUUGUUGGUUUCAUUAACAUACCAUUUCAAAUAUGUACAGCUAUUUUCUGAAUACCACGCAUGAAUUCAUUAUUAUCAAAUAUCCAAUGAAAAGGCAUCCAAAACAAGGGUGGGAGAUUUUCGCGUAUUACCUAUAUAUCAAAUUGGCAGAACUUAUGAAAACAGCAUAGAGAAAUUAACACACCUACAACCAUUUCUGAUCAACUUCUGUGAACACAUGCUAAAAAAAAACUAUGUGAAAUAAAUCUUUUUUCUUAUACAAUGGUACAGAA